CAUCAUUCUAACAGUCACACACUGACAUUCGAAAGGUGAAGGUGUACGACUAACAGCAGCACGUUUUCAGAGAACGAUGAGCUUCAGAAAUCUCUCAGAUACUCCUCCUUUACAACAGUCAGGCACUGCAAUGUCCUUUCAGACCGGAGGUGGCAGCAAUGGCCUGGUAUUUAAAGCUGUGUCAACAGACACACCACUUGUCAGUGGUGGGGGACAUGUUGUGAUUCCCACCGAUGUAGCCUCUGUGAUCCCACUUCAAAAAGGAGGCAGCGAUGGGACGGUAUACAAUUUUGUACCAUCACAGACCCCUCAUAUAAGAGAUGGUGUCAUGGUCCCUGUAGACGUGCCCUUAAGCAGUGACAUAAUUUCAGAAGGCACUGCAAUGUCCUUUCAGACCAGAGGUGGCAGCAAUGGCCUGGUAUUUAAAGCUGUGUCAACAGACACACCACUUGUCAGUGGUGGGGGACAUGUUGUGAUUCCCACCGAUGUAGCCUCUGUGAUCCCACUUCAAAAAGGAGGCAGCGAUGGGACGGUACACAAUUUUGUACCAUCACAGACCCCUCAUAUAAGAGGUGGUGUCAUGGUCCCUGUAGACGUGCCCUUAAGCAGUGACAUAAUUUCAAAAGACCAAAGAGGUGGCAGCUCUGGAAAUCAGCAGCAAAGAAAGAGACAAAGAUCAGAGGACCGACAUCCAGAUCCUCGUCCUAAAAAGGGGCCACAUAGUAAAAGGAUGUUCAGAGGAAGAUCCAGAAUGUGCACAUCAGAGAAGUUUGAUGACAAUGUCUCCAGGCCAAUCACGAUGUGGCAGAUUGAAGAGCGUGAAGAGAUGAAAAGGGAGGCCAGAAGUAAUCGUCAAUACAAAGCAAGAAGAACUAAGUUCGGCUUGGACCGCAAUGUCUGGGUUAACAGAGAGCUGUACCCCGAGAACUUACUUUUACAUUUUUGAUACUCAGCCCUAUUUUUGGCUGUGUGACUGUUUCAACAUUCACUAUAGCUCUUCAUUACACAUUUAAUUCAUUUACAUGAAUUAAAGCUCCACAUUAUGUCUA